AGCUCCAACGCGACGCAUGACGCAAGGGCGCAGCGACUAACGGAUUACUGAUCAACUGAUCGAUGUGUCGACUAACAGACAGAUUUUCCUGGGCUAUGUACUUCUGCCACUGCACACCACCGCUGGAUGUGUUUUCCAUACUUUCCCCACAAGGAACAGCACGACGUGAAGUCUUUCUCCAGACCGUCAGUUCAGGCGCAGCGGGACCCACUUGUUUCCAACAGGGGGAGAAAUGUAAGAAUCUGAUGUACCAUAAAUGUUUGUGUCAAGAAAUUUUCAUCAGGGACAAAACAGCGCGCUGGGAAGCAGUUUUCACCCGUCACUCACUGUGUGCAGGGAAAAUAUAGCAGCCCGGGUUCACUUUUCCAUAACGGAAAUGAGACCAGUCGCUUUGCCUGGCUUCACUUCUUCUAAAACAUGGUCGAUGUAACUCUAUGCAGGCUUGUGCCACCGGGGUCUGACUUUCUUUGACUUUUCAACACAAACAGCCUUUUUUAAUGGAAAAAUGUUCGCUGGACUGAUGGGACUGGAAUGCCACGGCAACUCUCUGCUUCACCGCCGCGAAACCAUUCAAGGUGGCAGAGCAUCAGGGACAGCUGGCAGCUCCAGCCGUAAGAGGCUCCACCGAAGACCAGGGUACAUGAGGGGAGAGCAGUGCAGACUGCAGAGCGCCACUCAGGAAGAGGAGGAGGAUGUUGGGACAACCACUUUUAUUACCAAUGGAAAAUCAGGACGUGACGCCGACAUAGCUGAUGCAACUAAUGCUCAAAGGCCAAGUCCAGCUCCUGCAGACAGUGUGUCUUUAAUAAAUCAUCAACAGCCUGAUAAACACACGUGUAGCUCCUGGAAGACUCAGAGCUUUGUCUGUUCUGUUACCCACCCUCCUUCCCCUGUGGACUGCAAUUCUAAGAGUACAUCCAGCCAUCUGGGCCAGUCCUCACUGCCCCACAAUGAACUCAGGUUAAGUUCGAGCCUGGACACUCAUUCAGAGCCAGAGGACUCUUUUAACUCCAGCUUCAGUUUCAUCCAACAGUCACUUACCUCCAGCCAGAAAACAACCGCCACACCCACACGAGAACAAGAACUCAGUUCAUUAACAAAAGCAUAUGACCUGCCUCAAACAAAACCCGAAACCUUACCUGUCGAGCACAAUUUCUCUAAGCAGUCGUCUCCCGCUCAAACACUACCUGGAGGAAAGUUCUGGCGAGAAUGCCUGUUUGCCACCCACGUAGAAAGAUCCCACGUGCCCGACUGUGAGGCCCAGUCUAUUGAUAUAGAGGCCACCUCCUCACUCUCCCUGGACUCGGACAGUACCUCUGCCUCCUCUGUCACCUCAGGCUACGAGAGCGCUACACCUGCCUUGGAGCAAGGCUGGGACAACCUGCUGAAGAAGUACGAGGGCGUGCUGCAAGACUGCCUCCAAAACAACCGCACUCACACCAAGAUUGAAUCCAUGAUGUUGAAGCUGCAGAGGCUCCAGCAGAAAGCAAUUCUGGACGACGAUUAUGACGCAGCUGAGCGCUUUGGGAAAAAGUUAGAGGAGCUGUCUAAAGAACGAAGCACUCUGGAGCUGGGUUUACCCUCCCAACAGCCCAGCGUGGCGUUGCUCCUGGAGAGGCUCAGACAGGCGGUGGACAGCGCCCUCCAGAGGGCAGACUGCAGUCAGCACAGGGAGUGUGCAGAGCCUGUUGCAGGGGAGCAAUCCGACUCAUCACAGGGUCCACUGCAACGAAGAGAACGUCUGAUACGAGAGAGACGGCUUGUCGAGGAGGAGAUCGCAGAGCUGCAGCAGAGACUGGUGGAGCUGAAGGACCGUAGCCGGUGUCUGGAGCAGCAGAUCCAGCAGGAAGAGCAACAGGUGGAGGCUGAGGAGCUGGAGGCCUCCGUGCUGAGGAGCUGCAGCACGGCUCAGCUUCGCGACAUGAGCCGAACCCUCCAGGACCUCGUCGCUUCUGAAAAUCGCACACAAAUCUCAGUCUCUCGUCCUCCCUCCAUGCUCAGACUCCAGGAGCAGGAGCAGGCAUUAAAUCUGUCCAUUAAGGAAGCCACUGCUAAGGUGGUCAUGAGUCAGAGACUGGGCAGCAGCCUAAGGAGGAAAGUCAGUGAGACUGAAACACAGCUUUUGGCACUACAUGAAGCCAAACUGGCAGCCAUCUCAGGUAAUGACUUCAGCAGUGCUAAGGAACUGAAAGCAGAGAUGAAGGCGGUGUACCUGGAGCGGGACCGGCUCGAGGCUCUGGCCAAGAGGCUGCACAGCCUCAGCUCAGGGAGCAGCCAGGAGCUCGCCAGGAUGAAGGAGCAGCGGCAGCAACUCAGACAGGAGCUGGAGCAGAGGGAGGCCCAACAUGGUGAGUCACAGAGGCUACCCAGUAUGACUAACAACAUCAAACCCUUGUCUUUACUAUUUUAUGGGUCUCCCAACUUGGAGCGAAUCUGGGAAGCCGACCUGGAAGCGUGUCACCUUUUCCUGCGAGGUCUCCAGUUGCGGACUCCCAGCUGCAGUGGAGCAGACAUCGAAGACCUCCCCACUGCAACAGUUUAUCCUCCAUCCCAGCCAGGCACCAAAGAGGAAGAGGACUGUGCCAUGCUGACUGCUUUAGGAGGGCGAUGGUGUCCUGAGGCCAACUUACAGAACUCAGAGUUCACUAAGGAUGGGUGCAGCGACACUGGGGCUACCGAACUGACGGAGCGCUGUGAGCAGAUCAGCAACAGGCUGCUGUCCUUGGAAGAUGAACUGCAGAUGGCCAUACUGAAUCGGGAUCAGGGGGUGUAUGGACAACCGCGGAGACUGGGAUUGAAGAAAAUGAAGACGAGGGUGGGCAAAAUCCUGUCGGUGUUUGUGUCUUUAGAGAAGGAGGUUCAGGAAGUAAAAUCCACUUUACAAACCAUGCUCGCACAGCUCAAGGUGGAAGACGAGGACGAGGAGGAAGUGAAUGAGUUGGAUGACCUCAUGACAAAUGGGAUUGAGGAAGAAGAAGAGGAGGAGGAGGAAGAGGACCAGUACUUCAGUGACAGCUGGGACAUUUGA